CGGGAACAUGGCGGGGGCGCGGGCUCUGCUCCGGCAAUGCCCGCUGCUGCUGCCGCAGGACCGCCGCGGCACCGCCUACGAGGGCUUUGUCACUGCCCAGGGUAGAAACUUCCACAUCAGGAUACUGCUACCAGUGGAUUUGCAAUUGAAAAAUGCCAGGAUAGAGUGCAGCUGGCGUCUGAAGAAGAUCCUGCAUGGCUAUCGGCACAUUUUAAAGCAGAGGCUGCACAGCUGCCCAGAUCUUGUCAGCUUUAUGGUGGAGCUGAAAACUGUUUUGGAAAUUGCUUUAAAGAACACACAAGACCUGCACAUCCCACGGCCUCCAGAAUACUACUCCUGUCUUGUCAGAGAUCUAGAAAUACUGGGCUGGAAUAGAGUGGCCUAUGUGGACACUGGGCUGACCACAGUCAAGUUAAAAGCUGAAGACUCUUGUGGUCGACAGCAUCUCAUCACUCUCAAGUUGAAUGCAAAGUAUCCCACAGAACCACCAGAUUGCCUUGUGGAUUUUCCUGUUCCAUUUGCUGUUUCCUGGAUGCCACAGGUAACUGCACCAGCUAACUCCUUAAUAGACAUUUACAAUCAGUUCCUGGCAGCAUUGGAGUCGCUGAAGGAAUUCUGGGAUGCCCUUGAUGAAAUCGAUGGGAAGACAUGGGUGCUUGAGCCAGAAAAUCCCACACGGAGUGCUACAACCAGAAGAAUUGCAAUAGGGAACAAUGUCUCAGUGAACAUAGAGGUAGAUCCUCGCCAUCCAAACAUGCUUCCGGAGUGUUAUUUCCUUGGAGCAGAUCACGAAGUGAACCCUCUGAGAACUAAACUCAACAACAACAUGCACUUGUGGGAUCCAGAAAUCAGUUUGUUCCAGAACUUGAGAGAGCUCCUGGGAAUUGAUUUUCCAUCUCGUGCUGUGUUGGAAAAAAGCGACUUUGCCAAGGACUGUGGGAUCUGCUACGCCUAUCGGCUGGACGGCAGCACGCCCGACCACGUGUGUGACGAUCCUCGCUGUGGGCAGCCCUUCCACCAGGCCUGUCUCUAUGAGUGGCUACAAGGCCUUCCUACCAGCAGACAGAGUUUCAAUGUCAUCUUUGGUGAAUGUCCCUACUGUAAUAAGCCGCUGACACUGAAAUCUUCAAUGAAGAAACUCUAG